AGGGGCAUCUUUUCUUGAAGGUGAUAUCUUCAAUCAUACAACCCUCUGCGGGGUUUGUUUAGUCGUCACCUUGGUGAUUGCUCUUUCGGUUUAUUUCACACUGCUUCUCUUGUCGGAGAACGGUCUGUGUUGCAUCUCGACAUCUCUAGAAUCAAAAUGGGACUCGACAAAAAAGAUGAGAAGCCCAUCAAUUGGGCCCUCCUUAUCACAGGAGCCGUUGCCUCGGCGUUCGUAGGUAUACUGAGAGUUGCAUUCGAAAAUUUUUUUUCCCUGAAAACAAAAGCUGCUAUUAUACAAACGAAUAUUUUAUUUCGCAGAAUAACGGAGGUAAUAUGUAUCCAUUUCCAUUGACGCCUGUUCCGGUUGGAAGUUUCAACGAGUGUGGCCUUUUUCAAAGCAAAAUAAAACCUAAAUCUUAUCUUGAAGGUACGCUCUACGGCUACUCAUACCUCAAGGGAGGAAUCACCGACUACUGGAAGUACUACGCAACCACCGAAAGUACGGAUUUGGAUGAAGUGGCGAAGAAGGUCAACUCUUACUCUGAUGGCGUCGAUAUUGCCUACUACGCGGGCUUCUUCGGUCAAUACCUUGCCAUCUUCCCUGGUACAAUUCAAUUACCUCAUACGUUUUUCGUGACAUGAUAUUAUUGCAAGAAUACUUAAAGUAUUUUUGUGCCGGACACGACAUUUCGUCCACUUUGCAAACAAGUGUAGCAGGAGCGCAGCAUUCAAACUUUCUAUUUUUUGCUUUGCAAGAAUGAAAGUCGGGGUCCAAAAAGCACAAAGAGCACCCACUUCACACACCCUUUAGCGCUCCCUCGACUCCGCCCUCAUCAAUAUUAUCCCAGGUCUCGUCUUUGAUGCGUUUGGCGCCACGGUCACGUGUCUGUACGGUGGUACCUUGUGCGCAACGGGCUUCAUCAUGGUGGGUCUCGGUGUGAGGAACGUGGUUCCGGUCAUGGUGAUUGUCGGUCUCUGUCUCGCGGGGCAGGGCUCCAAGGGAUUGGGCUUUGGUACCUUGCUCGGGACAAUCCGUAACUCUCCCGAGUCGAUGUGCACUUUGAUCUCCGGUCUGUACUUGAUGCUGGAUGCCAUGUCCGCGGUCAUCUGCCUCAAAGCUUACGACUUCUACAAAGAAGCCAACAACUUCACGACCGAAGAAGAGAAGGUACAGACUGUUUUUAAAUAUUUGAUGUUGUUUCGUACAUGAUCAUAGUGGUGGACAAGAGGAGAUGUUUUAUAUACGCUGUUUGUUUCUUAGCCCGAUAGUGGAAAAACUUUGAUUACUCGAGUUAUCUGUGCAUCCCAUAGUCGGAAAGAACCUCCUCGGCGUAAUGUUCCGUCAUCGGAACAAAGGGAUCAUGAUGAACAAACCUUUUCUAAAACACGACAGGCCAGUGGCAUGAUGACCUUUUUCAUUGCUCUGGGUUCGCUGAUUGGCGCCGUUGGUGUGUCGGCCGGACUCAUGUACUACUUCUUCACCCCGAAGGCAGAGGCGGAAGUGAGCGUGGCUGAUUUGGAGAAGCAGGCGAAUAGGAAGUCCGUGAACAGCGCGACCGGCCGACGCUCCUCGAUUGCGGAUGAGGCUCGGUUAGUGUCCGGCAAGAAUCUGGAUGAGAGCUCAGACGAGGAGGACGAGGAGGAACAGCAGCCCCUCACCGGCGAGAAAAAGCACGCUCCCACCUUCUGGAAGGGCGUCAUCUGCUGCUACCUGGUUAUGCUGCUCUCGGAGUCCCAGGGUUUGGCUUUCAACAAUGCGAUCGGCGACGCGUUUAUGGCCUCGCGAAAGUCCAAAAUCGGUAUCGUCACGUGGAACAAGCUGCAGAAAGCCGACGUCGUCAACUCGAAAGACGCGGAGGGCAACUUUAACACCGACUUCAAAACCAUUGUGCAGCAACUCAAGCCGCAACGGGGAACGAAGUAUUAACUUCAUUUCUUUGCUUUGUUGUUGUUCAGAACGAGCGCGGGAUAUUAUUAUUUAACUCUCGACAUCCGAUGAACAAAAGAUUAAAAAGAACAGCAUUUUUGUGUUUGACUUGUUAUCACAAGUCUCUCAGUUGUAGUAACAUCUAUUCCUCAUCGGAUCUCCUCCCAUGAAAACACACCAGUUUGAGCGACAGCCAGAAGGAUGCUAACAAGAUUAUCAAGGAAGUGCAGACGCAAUUCGCCAAUGUCCCGAAGUACAUGCAUGUGUCCAGCGCCCAGGACAACGGCAUUCCGGUGUCCGUCUUCAACUUCCGCACCUCCUCGGAUGCAAGCGCCGAAGUCCGGUCUCUCUCACUCAAGUACCUGCUGAAAGACGUCGAGUUCAACACGGCGAACGCCUCCAAAUUCGCCCUGGCCGCCGACAAAGUCCUCAUGACGUCCAAUCGCGGUAAGAGCUGUCUUUUGCAACGUUGGUCAAGAAGGACAGAUCUUUUGGCUUUCCCUGUUAUUAACUACAGAGCCUUAUAUUUUAUUUAUCCGUGUGAGAAUUAAAUGGAGCUGGAUCAUAGCAACUUAACUUUUAUCAUACGCGGGGAGCGACGACGGUUCUCCAUCUCCGCUCGUGAAGUGUUUCCGUCCACUCACCGUCAGCUUGCAUGCUACGAAAUUUUUGCGAGUCAAAUUUGACGCCAUCCCGAUGCCUUUAUUAAUAUCAGAUGCCAACAACAAGAAGAUAGUGCAAGAUUGCACGAUGACGACCCCCUGCGACGUGCUUGAUCUGUACUUUGGGGCGGACAAAUUCCAGAAGGUUGACGACCUGCUGCAGAAGGCUCUGGAUAAACUGACGCCGGUUAGCGGAUGGCAGGUGCGCACGGAAAACGGAGAAACGAAAGUGCAUUUGCUGCAUGCCGCGGAGCGCGACACUUUCAACAGCGACGGCGCUGUCAACGGAAAUGUCGGACACCAUUUGCGAAAUCUGAUUGCUCUCCAGAAACAGCACGACCAGCAGAAGUCCAUGCCUUCUAUUUUCGCCGACAACACGAUCAACAAAAAGAAGGCGGGUAAAUCAAUUCACAAAAUUGGUGCCACAGACGCCGAAGUGGCGGCGCGCAAGACCGAAGGCGGACAGACGGAGAAGUGGCAAUACGAGCGCUUGUAAAAAAUAUUUUUUUUGCCCUAGUUCUUUCAGAAAAGUACUACUGUAUCCUAAUAAUCAUUUAAAGUUUUGCAGUAGCAGACGAAAACAAAUCAAAAUGCAGUCCCAAAAAUUAACUCCGCAACAGCCACUACCCGCAAUUCGCCAACGAUUUCGCGGCGGUAGAGAAAAUGCCGUUUAAGAAGUGGAUCGGGAAUGUCGUCCAGAAGUCCGAGAACGGGCAGAAGAUUGUGCAGUAUCAAGUCGAAAACAGUUCUUUCCACGGUUCUCGUUCUCCAGGGCGGAGUUACACAAGUAUUAUUGCAUGAGCAAUUGGUCAUGAACAACAACAAAUUUUUUACGGUGCAAGAACAUCAAUCAGCAUCCGACUAGACAAGCUUGAAUAGUUUUUGUAUCAGCGCGCCGCAGCGUUCUGCUGUGAGCGUGGCCGAUGCCCACAAGAACAUGUGAUGUAGAGCACAAAAAAGGGCCGCCGCACCGCACCAGCAAAACUGUGCAACAUCUCACUGGUUCUCUUCUCGGUGAGCAAAACUGUUUUCCGUUUGAUAUCCCGGUAGCCUUCUUCAAAACCGCAACGGGCGUAACUGCGGGUUCCAGCGAAACACUGGACCUGAAGCUGGAAAUCCAGCAAAACAUUUUGCUGACGGUCGAUAGCGAAGACGCAAAGAUCUACUACGACCCGUGGAAGCUGGCUCGCACGCUGGACGCACACAACGACUCCCACGAGCAUAUCAUGAAGGACAGCAUCAAAAAGUACCUGACAAUCACGUUCACCCUCGGAAACGCGUUCGGCCGAUUAGGUAGAAUUCGAUUUGAAAAUUUCACAGUGCUCUAAUAGAUGAAUGCCUUGGUUUGUCCCACUUGGGUUCCUUUUUUUUCCCCGUCGUUCCCACAUUGCAUUCUGGCCCGAUUGUGUAAACAGAUCGCUUUGUUUCCCCAUAAAUAUACAAAAAAAACUCCAGGUGUUGGCCUGUUGAUGGAAUUCCUGGCCAAGCGCGUGUGGUGGAUGCCUUCCGCCAUCUGGUUUGUGAUUGGCUGCGCCCUCUACGGCCUGUUCUUCACCCUGUUCGCUGCCGGCGGGGUGCCGUGCACGCACAGUGACCACGAGAACAACGCCGCCGCGCCCUUCGGUCUGUGGUUUAUGACCGCCUUCAUCGCGGUGCUGUAUGGCGGGAUUUUCACGAUCAACACCGCCUACAUGAAAUCCAUCGUGCACCCGCAGCAGCUCGGUCUGGUACUGGGCGGCUCCCUCGUGGUGCUGGCGAUCGGCUCUUUCGUGUUCGGAAAAAUCUUCCAGGACAUCUGGGAAGAUUACGACUUUGCCAAGUCCGUGGAGCCGGUGGGAACGAAGUCGCGACACGUCUUCUUUGUCAUCGGAGCGGGCGUCCAGCUGCUCGCCGUCGUGCCGGCCUGCUACUGCUGGAUGGCGCAGACCAAGAAGAUCAAGGACGCGAUGAAAGCGGAUGUGGAUGACGAAGACACCGAGUAA